AUGAGGAUGCCAAGUAAGGGACAUGGCACUGAAAGCUAUUACUGUGGCAUCAGAAUAAUAUUCACAGAAUCUAUGAUGAGAUUACUUGCGGGGUGUGUGUGUGUGUGUGACCUCAUCGCCAUGGUAACAAUAACUUUUUACACAGGGGGCGGGGGGGGUCUCGGUCAGUAGUUACUGUAAUGUAUGUGGACGUGGAGCUUUGUCCUUCCUGCAGGGGUGUUUUCUUCCGGUGCCAGGCUGAGGAGAGACAAGUCUCUGUGUGCAUGACCUGUCAGACUGGCCCCCUCUCCUAUCCAGCCCUCCACACACGCUCUCUUCUCCAACCCUGCACACUCACACCUCUUAGGGCUUAAUCCAGCUGGGAAAUGGAUAUGUAAGUUUAUGUAAAUCCUACAUUGGUUCCAUGUAUUUUUUUUAAUUUAGGAUUCAAACCUUGUGUGUAAAAUAUGUAUGUGUCUGCUUUCAUACUGCUUCAAAACGAAGUGCAAAGGGCCAUACUGAAAGAUCCUCUCUAUGCAGUGGUAAGACUAGGGAGAAUGAAGGACACGGUAAAAGAUGCCCCAAAACAUGACACAAUCUGAGGCCUUUAUUCAGUUGAUUCAUGGACGGAAUUGACCCCAACCCUGGCCACUACCAAGAAUCACUGAACUGAACUAAGUUCAAGUGAAAUCCAACACAACAUUCCUCUCAGUAUUGGGGAAGGGAGCCAUCUUGUUUACCUAAGCAUCUUGCCAGCUGUUGUUUUGGGGUUUGUUGUUGUUGAUGUCAUUAUUUGUUUGUUGUUGGUUGGAGUGUGGUUGAGGUAUUUGUAAUUACUCGCACCGUGUGUGUGUACCUGUGUGUGGAGCUUUGUGUAGUGAACCCACUUACUUGCUAGUUGCGCUGUUGGCAGCAGGGUUGGUUGGGUGAGUGGCUCCCUGAGUGAUUGCCCUGUAUGGGUAGCACUGGACACAGAGUGGGCACUAGCCCUGGCACUGGUUGCUUUGGCUGCAGAGCCACAGUGUGAAAUGCAUUCCAGUGUGUUGCUGACCUGCCAACUGAAUGGUACAGUAGUGCCUACUGGGAGAAUGUCUAUGUACUGUACUAAAGGGAUGGUGGGAGGAAGGGAUGGAGGGUUUUGAAGCAAGGUUUUCAACCAUGAUUGUACUAUGUAGUUAAUUCAGCUUACUGGAACACACUCUUUGAAAGCCACUCUGGAUAAUAGUGUCUGUUAAAUGAUUAAAAUGGGAAUGUAAAAUUGGAGGGAGGUAGGGAGAUAUUAUACACUUGCUAAGGGAUGAGGCCAUUGAAAAAUCCAACACGAAGAUAUGUCUUACAACCCUACACAAUUCGCACAUCCUCACCCACUCACCCUUUCUCCUCUCCCUCCAUCUCGCAUUCGCUCACUCUCUCUCUCGCUCUCUUCUCAACCCCCUCUGUUUCUCUCCAAUCUCUAUUUCUCUAACUCUACCCGCCUAUCUCUCUCUCUCUCUCUCUCUCUCUCUCUCUCUCUCUCUCUCUCUCUCUCUCUCUCUCUCUCUCUCUCUCUCUCUCUCUCUCUCCCUCUUUCUCUCUCUCUCUGGGGCCUUGUCAGUUCUUAUGAGUUGAAAUGGCUGUGUUGUGUUCGGCACUGAGGGCAGGCUGAAGCUCGCUGACUCACACAACCUCUUGGGUGUUCAGAGGGAAAAUGUCACCGCACAUUGGGCAGCCAUCAACACACACACACACACACUCAUGGCAAGGCUAUUUUUAGGUCCUGUCACUCAAAUGGACUGUGUACGAUAGUGCCACUACACAUGUCUCUGCUGCACUAAAUGACACAGAGUUUCUCCCUGUUUAGUAAUAUUGUGUGUGUGUGUUUUCUGUGUGUGUGUUUUCUCUCCAGCGCUACAUGAGUUCCCCACAGACCUGUUCACCAACCAGGAGCGCACAGAGGGAGCAGUGGCCUUACAUGUCCUGUUUGUGAGUGACUGUUCUACACUCAACACACACCAACACACUAUCUACUCUACACAAUGGCUACCUGCCACUGACCGUGUGAUGCAAUGCAUUGAAAAGCAGGAUAGUGUCUUUAACACAGUUGCAGUGGUGGAAAACGUACCCAAUUGUCAUACUUGAGUAAAAGUAAAGAUACCUUAAUAGAAAAUGACUCAAGUAAAAGUGAAAGUCACCCAGUAACAUACUACUUGAGGAAAAGUCUAAAAGUAUUUGGUUUUAUAUAUACGUAAGUAUCAAAGGUAUAUGUAAUUGCUAAAAUAUACUUAAGUAUCAAAAGUAAAAGUAUAAAUCAUUUCACAUUCCUUAUAUUAAGCAAACCAGAUGGCACGAUUUUCUUGUUUGAUUAUUUUACGGAUAGCCAGGCGCACACUCCAACACUCUGACAUAAUUUACAAACGAAGCUGUCACAAGCUGAUGUGGAUGCGGUGUUGGAGUCAGGCGCAGGACACAGAAGCUCAGUCAAAAAAGACUUUACUAGUCCACAAAUACAAUACAAAAUAAACGGGCCUCAAACACUGGAGGCGAGCGAUUACGCAUACAGUGCAUAAAGACACUAUCAACAUGAGAACAAAUAUCUUACAUCAAAGGUGUCACGAUCGUCUAAGGAAGGAGUGGACCAAAGCGCAGCGUUUGUAGCGAACAUGUUGACUUUAUUAAAUAAAGCAACCACGAAAACAACAAAACCAAAUGACGAUACGUGAAGUCCAAAAGUGACAAUGACUGAACAGGAACAAAAACCCACCAACACAAGGUGAAAACAGACAGUAUAAAUAUGGCUCCCAAUCAGAGACAACGAGCCAACAGCUGACACUCGUUACCUCUGAUUGGGAGUCACUCAACCAAACAAAGAAAUACAACACAUAGAACCACCCAACCAAACAAAACACCACGAAACGAACACACCCUGGCUCAACACACAAAGUCCCGGAGCCAGAGCGUGACAGUACCCCCCCCUAAAGGCGCGGACUGCGACCGCGCCUCAAUAAGGCUAAACAAGGGAGGGCUGGGUGGGCGUACCUCCUCGGCGGUGGUUCUGGCUCCGGCCCUGAUCCCCACCUCCUCUUCAACCCCCCAAAGUACCCCUGGUCCUGUCUAGCCCCGCUGGUCGGAGCCGGACUGACGACACGCGCCCCUGGCUUGGUGCGUGUAGGAGGAACGAGCUGGACCAGGCUGACGACUCGCAUCCCUGGUUUGGUGCGAGUAGCAGGAACGGGCUGGACCAGGCUGACGACGCGCACCACUGACCUGGUGCGGGGAGCAGGACUGAGCCGGACCGGGCUGACGACGCGCACCACUGACCUGGUGCGGGGAGCUUGGAUGGGCCGGACUGGGCUGGCGACGCGCACCACAGACCUGGUGCGGAGAGCAGAAACGGGCCGGACAGGGCUGGCGACGCGCACCACAGACUUGGCGCGGAGAGCAGGAACGGGCAGAGCCGGGCUGACGAGACGCACCACAGACUUGACGCGGGGAGCAGGAAUGGGCAGAGCCGGACUGACGAGACGCACCACAGACUUGAUGCGGGGAGCAGGAAUGGGCCGGGCUGGGCUGGCGACGCGCACCGCAGGUUCGAUGCGGGGAGCAGGAAUAGACCGGACCGUACUGGGGACACACACCACUGGCUCUACACCGGGCUCUGGAACGGGCCGGACCGGACUGGCAACACACGCCAGUACCUCUCGCCGUGCCUCCACACCUUCCAUCCCCUCUUCUACCAGUGGCCCCCGUAACCCGGCGGCCUUCUCCGGCAACCCACUGGACCGCUCUAUCGCGGCCUCCUGCUGGUCCGCCGUCGUGAGCCCCCCCCUAAAAAUUUUCGGGGCGUCUCUCCUACCCGUGGACCACUUCUCCAUAUCCCUCGCCAGCUUCUCGCCUUUCUGCCAUAACGUCAAGCCCUUGUCUUCCUCCCUCGGCUUGACCCAGUCCAGGAGGCGAAGGAGAUCUGUGAGGGAUCUCCCUGGCGAUGGCUCCUGAACACACUGCUUGGUCCCAUCUUGGUGGGUUUUUCUGUCACGAUCGUCUAAGGAAGGAGUGGACCAAAGCGCAGCGUUUGUAGCGAACAUGUUGACUUUAUUAAAUAAAGCAACCACGAAAACAACAAAACCAAAUGACGAUACGUGAAGUCCAAAAGUGACAAUGACUGAACAGGAACAAAAACCCACCAACACAAGGUGAAAACAGACAGUAUAAAUAUGGCUCCCAAUCAGAGACAACGAGCCAACAGCUGACACUCGUUACCUCUGAUUGGGAGUCACUCAACCAAACAAAGAAAUACAACACAUAGAACCACCCAACCAAACAAAACACCACGAAACGAACACACCCUGGCUCAACACACAAAGUCCCGGAGCCAGAGCGUGACAAAAGGACAGGCGGACAAUCAUACACAACUGCAAACAAAACUAAAGGAAACGUAUAGGUGACCUAAUCGAUACAUAACACGAAACAGGUGCACUAACAAGACAAGACCAAACAAACAUCGAUACAUCAAGCGGUAGUAACUAGUACUCCGGGGACGACGAACGCCGAAGCCUGCCCGAGCAAGGAGGAGGAGCAGUCUCGGCGGAAUUCAUGACAGUACCCCCCCCUUGACGCGCGGCUCCAGCCGUGCGCUGACCCCGGGCUCGGGGACGGCCAGGAGGACGCGGAGCAGGGCGCGUGGGAUGACUACGGUGGAACUCAGUCAGGAGGGAUGGAUCUAAAAUGUCCCUCCUAGGCACCCAGCACCGUUCCUCCGGGCCGUACCCCUCCCACUCCACGAGAUAUUGUAGACCCCCCAUCCGACGUCUCGAAUCCACGAUGGACCGGACCGAGUACGCCGGAGCCCCCUCGAUGUCCAGUGGGGGCGGAGGAGUCUCUCUUAUCUCAUAGUCCUGGAGUGGACCAGCUACCACCGGUCUGAGGAGAGACGCAUGGAACGAGGGGUUAAUGUGAUAAUCAUUAGGCAGUUGUAACUUGUAGCAAACCUCGUUCAAUCUCCUCAGGACUUUGAAUGGCCCCACAAACCGCCGACCCAGCUUCCGGCAGGGCAGGCGAAGGGGCAGGUUUCGAGUCGAGAGCCAGACUCGAUCUCCAGGGGCGUAUACUGGACCCUCACUGCGGUGGAGAUCGGCGCUCGCCUUCUGCCGACGGAUGGCCCGCUGCAGAUGGACGUGUGCAGCGUUCCACGUCUCCUCCGAGCGCCGAAACCAUUCAUCCACCGCAGGAGCCUCGAUCUGGCUCUGAUGCCAUGGUGCCAGAACCGGCUGAUACCCUAACACACACUGGAAAGGGGUCAGGUUAAUAGAGGAGUGGCGAAGAGAGUUCUGAGCCAUCUCUGCCCAGGGGAUAUACCCCGACCACUCCUCCUGCCGGCCCUGGCAAUAUGAUCUCAGAAACCUACCCACAUCCUGGUUCACUCUCUCCACCUGCCCAUUACUCUCAGGGUGGAACCCCGAGGUAAGGCUAACCGAGACCCCCAAGCGUUCCAUGAACGCCCUCCAGACUCUAGAGGUGAAUUGGGGACCCCGAUCAGACACUAUAUCCUCGGGAACCCCGUAGUGCCGGAAGACGUGGGUAAACAAAGCCUCAGCAGUCUGUAGGGCAGUAGGGAGACCCGGCAUUGGGAUGAGACGACAGGCCUUAGAGAACCGAUCCACAACGACCAGAAUAGUGGUAUUCCCCUGAGAGGGGGGAAGGUCCGUAACAAAGUCCACCGAGAGGUGAGACCACGGCCGUUGUGGAACGGGCAGGGGUUGUAACUUCCCCCUAGGCAGGUGUCUAGGCGCCUUACACUGAGCGCACACUGAGCAGGAGGAGACAUAAACACUCACGUCCCUAGCCAAUGUUGGCCACCAGUACUUCACACUAAGGCAGUGCACUGUCCGGCCAAUACCUGGAUGUCCAGAGGAGGGUGACGUAUGAGCCCAAUAAAUGAGACGAUCACGGACCUCGAGCGGCACGUACGUCCGACCCACUGGACACUCUGGGGGAGUAGGGUCGGUGCGUAACGCCCGCUCAAUUUCCGUAUCGACCUCCCAUACCACCGGUGCCACCAGACAAGACUCCGGCAUUAUGGGAGUGGGCUCAACGGACCUCUCCUCUGUGUCAUACCGCCUGGACAGGGCGUCUGCCUUACCGUUCUGGGACCCUGGGAUGUAGGUUAUCUUAAACACAAACCGGGUCAGAAACAUGUUCCACCUAGCCUGACGAGGGUUCAAUCUCCUAGCUGCCCGGAUGUACUCCAGGUUACGGUGAUCAGUCAGAAUUUUAGAAAAAAAGGGUGUUGAGCCCCCUCAAGCCAAUGCCUCCACACCUUUAGAGCUUGAACCACGGCUAACAGCUCCCUGUCCCCUACGUCAUAAUUACGUUCCGCCGGGCUGAGCUUUUUAGAAUAAAAAGCGCAGGGACGGAGCUUAGGAGGCGUGCCUGAGCGUUGCGACAGUACUGCCCCAAUCCCGGCCUCUGACGCGUCCACCUCUACCUGGAACGCUAAAGCGGGGUCCGGGUGCGCCAGCACCGGAGCCGAAGUGAACAGGACCUUCAGUUUACCAAACGCCCUGUCCGCUUCAGCCGACCACUGCAAACGCACCGGGCCCCCCUUCAGCAGGGAAGUAAUGGGAGCUGCUACCUGUCCAAAACCCCGGAUAAACCUCCGGUAGUAAUUGGCAAACCCCCAAAAACUGCUGCACCUCUUUAACAGUGGUUGGGGUUUGCCAGUUACGCACGGCUGACACACGGUCAAUCUCCAUCUUCACCCCUGACGCGGACAACUGAUGACCCAAGAAGGAGAUGGACUCCUGGAAAAACAGACAUUUCUCUGCCUUGACAUACAAGUCAUGCUCCAACAGCCUACCCAACACUCGGCACACCAGGGCUACAUGCUCGGCUCGUGUAGAAGAGUACACUAGGAUGUCGUCAAUGUACACUACCACACCCUGCCCAUGCAGGUCCCGGAAGAUCUCGUCCACAAAUGAUUGGAAGACUGAAGGAGCAUUCAUUAACCCGUAUGGCAUGACGAGAUACUCAUAAUGACCUGAGGUGGUACUAAAUGCCGUCUUCCAUUCAUCUCCCUCCCUAAUGCGCACCAAGUUAUAGGCGCUCCUGAGAUCCAGUUUUGUGAAGAAAGGCGCUCUGUGCAAUGAUUCAGUCAUACUCGCAAUCAGAGGAAGAGGGUAACUGUAUUUAACAGUGAUCUGAUUGAGACUACGGUAAUCAAUACACAGGCGCAACCCUCCGUCCUUCUUCUUCACAAAAAAGAAACUCGAGGACGCAGGGGAAGUGGAGGACCGUAUGUAUCCUUGUCUCAGGGACUCAGCUAUGUAUGUCUCCAUAGCCACCGUCUCCUCUUGAGACAGAGGAUACACAUGGCUCCGCGGGAGUGCCACACCUGUCUGGAUGCCAAAUCCUCAUACUCAGGGGGAAUGUGCAUUGCGGGCACUUGGUUCGGACUCUCCACCGUGGUCGCCCCAACGGAAACACCUAAACAUCGCCCAACACACUGGUCAGACCAUUCCUUGAGAGCCCUCUGUUGCCACGAAAUGGUGGGGUCAUGGGUGAUUAACCAAGGAAGCUCCAGCACCACGGGAUACGCAGGAGAGUCAAUCAGGUACAACUGAAUGAUCUCCUCAUGACCCCCCUGCGUCUUCAUCUUUAGUGGCGCUGUGACCUCCCUAAUCAACCCAGAUCCCAACGGGCGGCUAUCUAGGGCAUGGACAGGGAAGGGUGCAUCAACGGGCAGGAGGGGAAUCCCUAACUUAGUACAACAUUUCUGAUCAAUAAAAUUCCCAGCUGCGCCUGAAUCGACUAGCGCCUUAUGCUGGGAAUGAGAUGCAACCUGAGGAAAUACCACAGGUAUACACAAGUGAACAACAGAGAGCUCUGGGUGAGUGGGGCGCCUACUCACCUGAAAUGACUCCCCAGUGCGCGACCUGUUGCCCCGAUUCCCUGGAGACCCUCCCCAGCACCUAGCCGCAGAGUGUCCUCCACGGCCACAGUUGGUGCAGGGGACCCCCUCGGGUUCUCUCUCCUUCUCUCUCUAGCGCCAGCACCCCCGAGCUCCAUAGGGCUCGGCUCGGAGGUGCUGGGGGAUGGAAUGGAUGGCCCCAACUCGGGAUGUCUGCGGGUGGCCAGCAGGGUAUCCAGACGGAUGGACAUGUCCACCAGCUGGUCGAAGGACAGAUUGGUGUCCCUGCAGGCCAGCUCUCGACGAAAGUCCUCACGCAGGCUACACCAAUAGUGGUCGAUGAGGGCCCUCUCAUUCCACCCCGCAUCCGCCACUAGAGUCCGGAAAUCCAGGGCGAACUCCUGUGCGCUCCUCUUCCCCUGUCGGAGGUGGAACAGACGCUCCCCCGCCGCUUUACCCUCAGGAGGGUGAUCGAAUACAGCCCUGAAGCGGCGGGAGAACUCUGCGUAGCUGAUGGUGGCGGCGUCUAUUCCCCUCCAUUCGGCGUUGGCCCACUCCAACGCCUUGCCGGAGAGACAGGAGAUGAGGGCGGAAACGCUCUCGUAUCCCGAGGGCGCCGGGUGUAUGGUGGCCAGGUAGAGUUCCACCUGAAGGAGGAACCCCUGACACCCGGCUGCGGUGCCAUCAUAUGCCCUCGGGAGCGAGAGCCGAAUCCCACUGGAUUCCGGAGCUGGUCUGGUGGGGCUGGCCGAUGGUGGUGGUAAUGUAGGAGGAGGUGUGGGCACGCCUCCCCUUUCCCAUCGGCGCAGGGUGUUCAUCACCUCCUGCAUGGCGGAGCCGAGUUGCUGGAUCCUGGCAUGCUGACAGCUGACCCGAUCCUCCAGCGACUCGGUCGGCACCGCUGCUCCUGCUGACUCCAUAGUAUUGGUGUGUGAUUCUGUCACAAGCUGAUGUGGAUGCGGUGUUGGAGUCAGGCGCAGGACACAGAAGCUCAGUCAAAAAAGACUUUACUAGUCCACAAAUACAAUACAAAAUAAACGGGCCUCAAACACUGGAGGCGAGCGAUUACGCAUACAGUGCGUAAAGACACUAUCAACAUGAGAACAAAUAUCUUACAUCAAAGGACAGGCGGACAAUCACACACAACUGCAAACAAAACUAAAGGAAACUUAUAGGUGACCUAAUCAAUACAUAACACGAAACAGGUGCACUAACAAGACAAGACCAAACAAACAUCGAUACAUCAAGCGGUAGUAGCUAGUACUCCGGGGACGACGAACGCCGAAGCCUGCCCGAGCAAGGAGGAGGAGCAGUCUCGGCGGAAUUCGUGACAGAAGCAUUUGUGUUUAGUGAGUCCGCCAGAGCAGAGGCAGUUGGGAUGACCAGGGAUGUUCUCUUGAUAAGUGUGUGAAUUGGAAAAAUGUUCUGUCCUGCUAAGCAUUCGAAAUGUAACUAGUACUUUUGGGUGUAAGGGAAAAUGUAUGGAGUAAAAAGUACAUUAUUUUCUUUAGGAAUGUAGUGAAGUAAAAGUUGUCAAGAAUAUAAAUAGUAAAGUAAAGUACAGAUACCACAAAACACGACUUAAGCAGUACUUUUUUACACCACGGCACAGUUGCCAAGCCAUCCUAAAGAGGGCGGUGUCUCUCUGGCAGGCUUGGGUGCCAGAUGUUGGAUAGAGGCUUAGCUGACAUACGAGGCCACUGGCACAGAGUGUGUCUCAGCUUAGGAUACUUUCUCCGAAAAAACGGACACAUUGAGCUAAGGGACACUAUCACUGCAUCACAUGGGGGUCUGAAAGGUUCCAGAACACUGCUGAGAUCACAGAGUUUGUUCAUAUAUGGGUAUGCGUGUUCUGACGUUGUUAUGUGUCAUUCCUCUGUAGGCCAUGUACAUGUUCUAUGCGCUGGCCCUGGUGUGUGAUGACUACUUUGUUCCCUCUCUGGAGAAGAUAUGCGAGGUAAGAAUGUAAUACACUAUUCUGUAACAGGGUCGGGGUCAAUUCAACGGGAAUGAAUUUUAGGCACACAAUUCUUAUUUUCAGAUAAGAAGAUGUGCUUUCUACUCUCUCUAACACUCUCACUCUCUCUCUGUCUCUCUCAGCGUCUUCAUCUUAGUGAGGAUGUGGCAGGAGCAACCUUCAUGGCAGCCGGCAGCUCAGCUCCUGAACUCUUCACCUCUGUCAUCGGUGAGACGUACAGACACACAGACACACAUACUUUUUAAAUGUUUUUAUGUUUUACUUUAUCAGCAGUCCCAGUAUGUUUUAAUGAGUGAGAGUGAUAUACGUUAGCCAUGUCAAUACUUUACAUGUACAAGCUUGUAACCCUCCAUUCCUAACCAUUGUAUAACCCAGGGGUGUUCUGUCUUUUAUUUGUUACUGUGCAGGUGUGUUCAUCACUAAAGGGGAUGUGGGGGUGGGCACGAUUGUGGGCUCCGCCGUCUUCAAUAUCCUCUGCAUUAUCGGAGUGUGUGGAAUAUUUGCUGGCCAGGUAGGUUUCUGUACCUUGGCUUGCUCAGGCAUGCACACACACACACACACACACACACACACACACACACACACACACAGACACACCGGAAGGGAUGAAUACCUGGGGGUAAAAUGUUGUCUGUUCCACUCUUACUGAAUGUUUUCUCUCUUUCUCUCUCUCUCUCUCUCUCUCAGGCGGUGCAUCUGUCUCGUUGGUCUCUUAUGAGAGACUCUGUGUACUACACCCUGUCCAUCGCUGCUCUCAUAGUGGUGAGUGGAGCCUGACCAUUGCAAACCAGUGAAGUGAGCCUUAAAGGCUCUGUAUGGUCAAUCCGAUUUCUGCAGUGGCCGUACAGCAUGCGGCCUCCGCAGAUGUCAGAUCAUUCAUACUUCUUGCGCUUCGUGGAGCAGAGCAGAACUGUUGUGAGGGAAGUUGUCAAGGAAGUGAGUUUGUGUUUACACAGGACCUCCCGCCCCCACCUACCGUCAACCAAUCAUGUCAAUGCGGAGCUAAACAAAGCUAUACGGAGCCCUCUGCAUUGUUACAUUUGGGAGGCGCAAGGCGAUGCGGUACAGAGCUCAAUUUGGCCUCCGGAGGCUCCGCAAUUGCGUCAGACCCUCCAUAUGGAGCCUCCGGAUCGCAAUUCCGGAGCAAGCAUAAAUUGGCUUUUAGUGUGUUGCAUCCUGUUGAUCAGAUGGUGCAACUACAGUGGAGCCAUACACUGUUAACAUCAGAGAAUGGUGAACCACCAUGGUUUUUACUGUACUUCCAGUCAUUCUUCCAAGUGUUCAGUAUCAUUCUUCUUUUUCUCCUUACAGUUCAUAUAUGAUGAAAAGGUUUCAUGGUAAAUAUGGCUUUCACUUUCUUGUGUAUACAGUACAUACGUUAUGUGUUGUAUUGUAUAGCUGUUAAAAAUCAGUUUCAAUUGAAUCCCUCUCGAUGUUUGUUCCAGGUGGGAGUCUCUGACACUGGUUCUGAUGUAUUUCGGCUACAUUUUGAUAAUGAAGUAAGUCUGUGUCUGACACCAUCAAUACACACACUUCAAAACAAUUAGAGGUAUGAAGUUGUAUCCACAUCCUUGUUCUGUCCCUCUUUGUCUAGGUAUAACUGUCACAUUGUUUGUUUCUGUGCAUAGGUUUAACUCGAACAUUGUGCGUUUCCUGGAGAGGCGGAAGAAGAACUCGUCCAGCCUGGGGAACGGCGCAGCCAGUAACGCUGACCUGGAUGACAAUUGUGACGCCACCGCUGUCCUGCUGAAAAAAGGUACGGUCUGACUGUUCUGCUACAGUGGGGGAAAAAAGUAUUUAGUCAGCCACCAAUUGUGCAAGUUCUCCCACUUAAAAAGAUGAGAGAGGCCUGUAAUUUUCAUCAUAGGUACACGUCAACUAUGACAGACAAAUUGAGGGAAAAAAAUCCAGAAAAUCACAUUGUAGGAUUUUUUAUUAAUUGAUUUGCAAAUUAUGGUGGAAAAUAAGUAUUUGGUCACCUACAAACAAGCAAGAUUUCUGGCUCUCACAGACCUGUAACAACUUCUUUAAGAGGCUCCUCUGUCCUCCACUCAUUACCUGUAUUAAUGGCACCUGUUUGAACUUGUUAUCAGUAUAAAAGACACCUGUCCACAACCUCAAACAGUCACACUCCAAACUCCACUAUGGCCAAGACCAAAGAGCUGUCAAAGGACACCAGAAACAAAAUUGUAGACCUGCACCAGGCUGGGAAGACUGAAUCUGCAAUAGGUAAGCAGCUUGGUUUGAAGAAAUCAACUGUGGGAGCAAUUAUUAGGAAAUGGAAGACAUACAAGACCACUGAUAAUCUCCCUCGAUCUGGGGCUCCACGCAAGAUCUCACCCCGUGGGGUCAAAAUGAUCACAAGAACGGUGAGCAAAAAUCCCAGAACCACACAGGGGGACCUAGUGAAUGACCUGCAGAGAGCUGGGACCAAAGUAACAAAGCCUACCAUCAGUAACACACUACGCCGCCAGGGACUCAAAUCCUGCAGUGCCAGACGUGUCCCCCUGCUUAAGCCAGUACAUGUCCAGGCCCGUCUGAAGUUUGCUAGAGUGCAUUUGGAUGAUCCAGAAGAGGAUUUGGAGAAUGUCAUAUGGUCAGAUGAAACCAAAAUAGAACUUUUUGGUAAAAACUCAACUCGUCGUGUUUGGAGGACAAAGAAUGCUGAGUUGCAUCCAAAGAACACCAUACCUACUGUGAAGCAUGGGGGUGGAAACAUCAUGCUUUGGGGCUGUUUUUCUGCAAAGGGACCAGGACGACUGAUCCGUGUAAAGGAAAGAAUGAAUGGGGACAUGUAUCGUGAGAUUUUGAGUGAAAACCUCCUGCCAUCAGCAAGGGCAUUGAAGAUGAAACGUGGCUGGGUCUUUCAGCAUGACAAUGAUCCCAAACACACCGCCCGGGCAACGAAGGAGUGGCUUCGUAAGAACCAUUUCAAGGUCCUGGAGUGGCCUAGUGUCACGAAUACCGCCGAGGCUGCUCCUCCUCCUUGUUCGGGCAGGCUUCGGCGUUCGUCGUCCCCGGAGUACUAGCUGCCACCGUUUGAUGUUUUCGAUGUUUGUUUUGUCAUGUCUAGUUUAGUGCACUUGUUUCGUAUUCUGUCAUGAUUAUGUCACCUAUAAGUUUCCCUGUGUUAUGUUUUGUAGUUGUGUGUUAUUGUUCUACAUGUCGUGUGUUGUAGGUUCGGUGCCUUGUCUUUGUAUAGUGUUUUACGCACUGCGCGUAUUUUGUUCGCCUCCUGUGUUUGAGGCCGUUUCUUUUGUGUCUAUUUACGAGUAUAGUAAAGUCGCCUUGACUGAUCCUCUGUGUCCUGCGAUUGACUCAACCACCGCAUCCACAUCAGCACAUCACUGACAGAAUAACACACCUUUUCACUAUGGAGUCAGCAGGAGCAGCGGCGGGAACCGAGUCGCUGGAGGAUCGGGUCAGCUGCCAGGACGCCAGGAUCCAGCAACUCGGAUCCGCCAUGCAAGAAGUAAUGGACACCCUGCGCCGAUGGGAGAGAGGAGGCUUGCCCACACUUCCUCCUACCUUACCACCACCAUCGGCCAGCCCCACCAUACCAGCUCCGGAGUCCAGUGGGAUUCGGCUCUCGCUCCCGAGGGCAUAUGAUGGCACCGCAGCCGGGUGUCAGGGGUUCCUCCUUCAAGUGGAGCUCUACCUGGCAACCAUACACCCGGCACCCUCGGGAUACGAGAGCGUUUCCGCCCUCAUCUCCUGUCUCUCCGGCAAGGCGUUGGAGUGGGCCAAUGCCGAAUGGAGGGGAAAAGACGCCGCCACCAUCAGCUACGCGGAGUUCUCCCGCCGCUUCAGGGCUGUUUUCGAUCAUCCCCCUGAGGGUAAAGCGGCGGGGGAGCAUCUGUUCCACCUUCGACAGGGGAAGAGGAGCGCACAGGAGUUCGCCCUGGACUUCCGGACUCUAGCGGCGGAUCCGUGUAAAGGAAAGAAUGAAUGGGGCCAUGUAUCGUGAGAUUUUGAGUGAAAACCUCCUUCCAUCAGCAAGGGCAUUGAAGAUGAAACGUGGCUGGGUCUUUCAGCAUGACAAUGAUCCCAAACACACCGCCCGGGCAACGAAGGAGUGGCUUCGUAAGAAGCAUUUCAAGGUCCUGGAGUGGCCUAGCCAGUCUCCAGAUCUCAACCCCAUAGAAAAUCUUUGGAGGGAGUUGAAAGUCCGUGUUGCCCAGCGACAGCCCCAAAACAUCACUGCUCUAGAGGAGAUCUGCAUGGAGGAAUGGGCCAAAAUACCAGCAACAGUGUGUGAAAACCUUGUGAAGACUUACAGAAAACGUUUGACCUGUGUCAUUGCCAACAAAGGGUAUAUAACAAAGUAUUGAGAAACUUUUGUUAUUGACCAAAUACUUAUUUUCCACCAUAAUUUGCAAAUAAAUUCAUUAAAAAUCCUACAACGUGGUUUUCUGGAUUUUAUUUUCUAAUUUGGUCUGUCAUAGUUGACGUGUACCUAUGAUGAAAAUUACAGGCCUCUCUCAUCUUUUUAAGUGGGAGAACUUGCACAAUUGGUGGCUGACUAAAUACUUUUUUUCCCCACUGUAUAUGUGUGUCUGUGUGUGUGUGUUUGCCUCAUGUCUCUCUCCCUCUCUCUCUUUCUCUCACGCUCUCUCGUAGCUAACUUCCACAGAAAGCAGUCAGUGUUGAUGGUAGAUGAGUUGCUGUCAGCCUACCCCCACCAGCUGUCCUUCUCUGAUGCCAGCAUGAGGAUCAUGAUUACCAGCCACUUCUCCCCUCGCACACGCCUCACCAUGGCCUCACGCGUGCUCAUUACUGAGGUAGGACCACACAGACACAAACACACACACGCCUCACCAUGGCCUCACGCAUGCUCAUUACUGAGGUAGGACCACACAGACACAAACACACACACGCCUCACCAUGGCCUCACGCGUGCUCAUUACUGAGGUAGGACCACACAGACACAAACACACACACGCCUCACCAUGGCCUCACGCAUGCUCAUUACUGAGGUAGGACCACACAGACACAAACACACACACGCCUCACCAUGGCCUCACGCAUGCUCAUUACUGAGGUAGGACCACACAGACACAAACACACACACGCUUUGCCAUAGCCUUCUGCACACGUGGGUGUUUCUGUUUGCUGUGUGGGUAUGAAUAAAUUAUAUUCUUACAGCAUACUUAUUCUGAUGUUUGUACAACAUAUGGCAUGUGUUUGUAUUGGAUAGGCUAUGACUAUAGGCCUGUGUUUUGGUUAGUCAUGUCAUAUGACAUGGAUUUUAAACUUUAUUUUAAGCCUUUUCCAGAAAUUAGAAUUAGACCAGAAAUGAAAGCAUCUAUCUGACAUAAAAAGAAGAGGGGACAGUUUGAUGAAAAAGCUUUAAAUAAAGUUUAAAAUCCAGGUCAUGUGACAUGAUUAACCAAAACACAGGGCCCUAGCUAUGACGUGUGUAUGCAUUUGUGCAGAGGCAGCGUUUGAUUAGCACCCGGCCGUUCACUAACGGAGACUCGGAGGUCACGGUGAAAGUCGGCGGUAGGCGGGGCCUGGAGAAUGGACUGGGCGGGCCAGAAAGGGGUGUCAAUGGCCGCCGUGGUCACCAUGGAGAGGACGACAGGGGAGGGGUGGAGUCUGGCAACGAGACGGAAAACAAUGAGAAUGAUGAGGAAGAGGAGGAGGAGGAAGGGGAGGAGGAAGGGGAGGGACCUUUCGUGCCCUUUCACGCCCCAGGUAUAAUUUUUUUAAUAUCAUUACAGGGUUUCAAACAAUUCUCAGUCUCUCUGAGCUCUCUUUAUUGUGUUGGUCAACCACAUUCACACUCACCGAAAGGUAUUUUUAGAUUUCCUCAAUAAAAGCAUCACUUAAUGUAAGCCCAGCAAUGAACACAAAUUGAAACCAUACAUCUCUUCUUCCUCUCUUUCUCUUUCUCUCUUUCUCUCUCUCUAGCUGGGUGCUGUAAUAAGAUCAAGUGGCUAUUAGCCUGGCCUCUGUGCCUGCUGUUGUUCUUCACGGUGCCUAACUGUGCCAACCCUCGCUGGGAGAGAUGGUUCAUGGUCUCCUUCGUCACUUCCACCCUCUGGAUUGCUGGCUUUUCCUAUGUCAUGGUCUGGAUGGUGAGGACACACACACGUGCACAUACACACACAGACACACACACACACACACACACAGACAGACACUCACUGAUGUGUGUCUCUUCCCUUCAGGUGACAGUGAUCGGGUUUACUCUGGGUAUCCCUGAUGUUAUCAUGGGCAUCACCUUCCUGGCAGCUGGCACCAGUGUACCUGACUGCAUGGCCAGUCUUAUAGUGGCACGUCAAGGUGAGGACACACACUACCAGGGCUGUUUGCAUUGCUGCUCACCUGCCCCAUGAACCGACACCCAGGAAUCAAAGAGCUCCAUACUGUCUGUGUACAUGGUCAACAGAGAGAGGGUGGAGAGAAGGGAGGAGGCAAAGCUUGUCAUCUGUCGGGCUGGCUCUGUGACUGAGUCGUGUGGGAGUGAUGGAAGAGAACACAGUGUGGUUCCUUCCUCCAUUUUUUUGAUCUGUGUUUAUUCUCACUCCCCCUAUCAAAUAUUCAUCAGAGUCUGUCUGAGAGGGGGAAAUGGGAAACACAUUCCCUGACAGUCUGUUUGUUGUUGUUGUGUUUGUUGUUUGUGGCGACCUGAAUACCUCAGCAAGUCUGAAUUUUUUAUUGAUGUUACAGAUGUUGACCAACAUCUCUCUCUCUCUCUGCCUCCCUAUCUCUCUCUCUCUGCCUCCCUCUCUCUCUCUCUCUCUCUGCCUCCCUCCCUCCCUCCUCUCUCUCGCUCUGCCUCCCUCCCUCCCUCCUCCUCUCUCUCUCUCUCUCUCUCUCUCUAUCUCUUUGUCUCCCUCUCCCUCUCCCUCCCUCCUUCUGCCUUUUGAUUUCUCUUUCUCUCUUUCUCUGCCUCUGCCUCUUCUCCCUUUUUCGUUCUCCCUGUCUCUCUCUCUCUCUCUCAGGUCUUGGGGACAUGGCUGUGUCUAACUCUAUAGGCAGUAAUGUGUUUGAUAUCCUUAUUGGACUGGGCCUACCCUGGGCCCUGCAGACCCUGGCCAUCAACUACGGCUCCUACGUAAGUAACAAACACAGUUUCUCCUAACCCUGACUGUGUAAGGUCUUUUAGUAAACCUCUAUAAGCAAUACACAAUAAAAACUGACAUGAGCAACCCCUUUGACACGUAUACAUGCUAGGCCUAUUCCGAGAAGGUAAUAUUGAUGUUGCUUUAUCAUGUGAGAGAUGACACAAUUGAUCUUCUGUCCAGAGCCCUCUCUGCUCAUGUCAAAUGGUACCAAUGUUAUGUAUGUUUAUGUACAAUAUUAGUCAUGCCAUGCUAACAUAGCCAUUGGAGCGUGUGUUAUUUGUGAUCUCUGUAGAUAAACAUAUCUUCCAGCUUGACAUGAGAGAGAGAUGGUCCUAACAGCUGAAAGAGGGAGAAGAAAAGUAGCUGUCAGCAGUCCAAGCGAAAUAUAGCGCUGAGUGCACCUGUAGCCCAGUGUGCCAUAACCCCACUAGAUCAAACACACAUGUGGGGGUGCUGUGGCUGUGAAGGAAUGCCUACAUACAUCUGUUCCCAGGAGCACACAGACAAGCUUUGCUGCUUUUGGAGUGUGGAGUGUAACAUGAUUAUUCUCAAUGAAGGCUUUGACUGUGCGUUAGAGAAUUGAGCUGUGUAUCGUGGGUGUAGAAUAAGAUACACAGAGUACAGCUGAUAUACUGUAUUCAUUUCAAAUGGGCCCGAAUUCAAAAGAGAUGGCAGGCUUGUAAUGCAUCAGUUUGGUGGUGUUUUUGAAACUAUUAUACUCUUCUGGAAAUAGCAGGUGUACACUUUACACUGGUGCGAAAGUGUUGUAAAUCAGUUCCCAACCCCAUGGUUUAACUUCUUCUCCUGUUGAACCCUUUCUUCUAUUAGAUUCAAUUGAACAGCAAAGGGCUCAUCUUCUCUGUGGGACUUCUGUUGGGGUCUGUGUUCCUCACAGUGAGUGACUCUUUAGAACUUUUUUAAAUAAUAAAAUAUACUUGUGUUUUGUAUUUUUACACAGUCUAUGCACAAUUGAGUUUGAAUAGAGCAACUAUAGAUAUAAUUUCUUCAUCUCUUCCCACCUCUCGCUCUCAGGUCCUGGGGGUACAUCUGAAUGGGUGGAAACUGGACCGUCGUCUGGGCCUGGUGUGUCUGUUCAUGUACUCCAUCUUUCUCUGCUUCUCCAUCCUCAUAGAGUACAACAUCUUCACCUUCGUCAACCUGCCCACCUGCAGAGACCGCUGA